AUGGGUUCCAAUCAGUCGAGACCGUCCGAUGCCGCCGUUCAAGAGAAGCUCAUAGAGCGGCUGCAAGCUCUCCAGGUCAAGGAUGACAGGUCGAUGAACGAGAAAGACGGCUAUAUCUACGUCGACAGCGAAGCCCGACCAAAUCGGCCCGCUAUCGUGGACCACAAGCAAGAUGUGUCUGCUGCAGCUAUCAGCGAGUGGGAGAAGGAGCUCAUGGAAGACCCGAAGAACCGUCUCGCUCUAGCAGCCCUCAGCUCCAAUCCCGCCAACGCCGUCCUCUCCUCGCGUCAGACGGCCAUAUCCGAUACCCAGAACUUCAACAUCAAACUUCCAUUGGAAGGCUCUCCAGUCACAAAUCAAGCCUCGUCGGGCAGGUGCUGGUUAUUCGCUUCCACCAACGUCUUCCGAAUCGCGAUCAUGAAGAAGUAUCGGUUGUCCGAGUUCCAGCUAUCGCAAGCCUACGUCUUCUACUGGGAUAAGAUAGAAAAAGCAAACUACUUCCUAGAGAACAUCUUGGACACGGUCGGCGAGGAGAUCGACAGCCGGCUCAUGCAGGCGCUCCUAGAGUCUCCUGUGGGCGAUGGCGGUCAGUGGGAUAUGGUGGCUAACCUGGUCACCAAAUAUGGGCUAGUACCCCAGACGCUCUAUCCUGACUCAUUCAACGCGAUGAACUCGGGAGUCAUGGACCGCCUCAUCACGACAAAGCUCAGGGAAGACGCCAUCCGGUUACGGUCCCUGGCCUCGAGCGCCAUGUCUCCUGGAGCGCUCAAAUCUGCUAUUGCCGCAGAGAAGGAGAAGAUGCUCCGAGAGAUCCACCUCAUCCUGACCCUUAUGCUCGGCCCGCCACCAGCCCCUGACAAAGCAUUUACUUGGGAGUACUACGACAAAGACGGCACCCUUUGCACUGUCCGAACGCGACCGACCGCCUUUGCGAAAGAGCUCUCAGAUAGCCGGACCGUCCGAGCACUAGGAGGGACAGAUGUCCACCGACUCUUCUCCCUUGUCAACGACCCUCGAAACCCCUAUAACCGCCUCCUCAGCGUCAAGCGGCUCGGCAACGUCUACGAAGGUCGUCCCGUCACCUAUGUAAACGUCGACAUGACGAUCAUGAAGAAGGCCUGUAUCGAGAUGCUGAAGCGCGGCUUCCCCGUCUUCUUCGGCUCAGAUGUCGGCAAGUUCUCUGACUCUUCCAAGGGCAUCAUGGACACCAAUCUGUACGAGUACGAGCUGGGUUUCAACAUCAAGCUCGGCAUGAAGAAGGCGGAGAGGUUACAAACAGGCGAGAGCCAAAUGACGCAUGCGAUGGUGCUAACAGCCGUACACGUCGUUGAUGGAAAGCCCGUCAGGUGGAGAGUGGAGAACUCAUGGAGUGAUAAGGUGGGCGACAAGGGAUACUUCGUGAUGUCGGAUGCCUGGAUGGAUGAGUUUGUCUACCAGGCUGUCGUUGACCCUAUCGUUGUGAGUGCGACGGUGCGAAAGGUCCUCGAGCAGACGCCCAAGAUGCUGGAGCUCUGGGAUCCGAUGGGAGCUUUGGCGUGA